UUCCGCCAAGAGGACGCGCCGACGUUUCCUGGUUGUGAAUGAAACUCCCUGUGAUUGGUUGACCCUUUUCUAAGAUUUCCCGCGCGCUCUGCAGCAAGCAAACGGCACAGUGAGCAUUUUAGCAAACAGAACAGACAAGCUAACGUCUCGCUCGUAUUUGUACCUCAUUACUGCUGCUGUUUAAAGCUGUAGCCUUAAGAGAAUGUCGUCUUCAGACUACGACCCGGGUUGUCUCCCGGACCUAUUACCGCUCUACUACCGGCGACUGUUCCCCUUCUCUCAGUAUCAUCGCUGGCUGAACUACGGCGGAGUGCAAAAGAACUACUUCCAGAACCGGGAGUUCUGCUUCACUCUCAAGGAUGACAUUUAUGUGCGCUAUCAGUCCUUCAGCACGCAGAACGAGCUGGAGAAGGAGAUGCAGAAGAUGAACCCUUACAAGAUCGACAUCGGGGCGGUGUACAGUCACAGACCAAACCAACACAACACUGUAAAGUCAGGGAGCUUCCAGGCUCUGGAGAAGGAGCUCGUGUUUGACAUCGACAUGACCGACUACGAUGAUGUCCGCACCUGCUGCAGUGCUGCAGACAUUUGUCCCAAGUGCUGGACGCUGAUGACCAUCGCCAUUCACAUUCUGGACAGGGCUCUUCGAGAGGACUUUGGUUUCCAGCACCUGCUGUGGGUUUACUCCGGCAGAAGAGGAGUGCAUUGCUGGGUGUGUGAUGAAGCUGCCCGGAAGCUCUCUGCAGCUGGACGUACCGCCGUGGCAGAAUACCUCAGUCUAGUCAAGGGCGGAGAGGAGACGAUGAAGAAAGUGGUCCUGACGGAUCCAAUCCACCCUUUUAUCAGUUCAUCUCUGGAAGUGGUGGAUAAAUAUUUCACACAAUACGCGCUGGAGGAACAAGACAUACUGGGUCAAAAGAAGUGUGUGGACAAAGUGCUGGCCCUUGUGCCUGAAGAUGUCAGAAAUGAAUUGCAGACCAGUUUUCAGAGUGAGAAGAGACCAGAGAAUCGCUGGAAACUGAUCAGAAAGGAAGCUUACAAUAAGCAGGGUACUGUAAAAAAAGGCCAGCAUUUUGAGAAAGAAAUCAUGCUGCAGUACUGUUACCCGCGGCUCGACGUGAAUGUCAGCAAAGGGGUGAACCAUCUGCUCAAGAGUCCAUUCAGUGUCCAUCCCAAAACAGGCCGGAUCUCCGUUCCCAUAGAUCUCAAAGCAGUAGACAGCUUUGAUCCGUUUGCUGUGCCUACAAUCAGUCGUAUCUGUGAGGAGCUGGAUCGCCCCAGAACAGAAGAGGAGAAGUCAGAGGAAUCCCAAGACAAAGACAACAAGAGAGAUGCAGCGGAAAUACGAAAGAUAAGAGAUUACAAAAGAACCAGCCUGGCAAAGUAUGUGAAAUACUUUGAUUCUUUUCUGGAUGGAAUGGCUCGUUCCUGGAAGGGAGAACUUCUUAAAAAGAGUGAUCAUCAAAUGGAAUUCUAAUAAACAUCACAUUCAGACAUCACAACCUUUAAAUAUACACUAUUUAUAGUGUAUUAGUACAUGUAUGUAUGGUUUGCUGCUUUAGACAGGCAAUUAGCUCUUGUGGCUUUUAUCUCUUUGUCUCAUUUCUUUUCUAGAUUUGUAUUUUUCUCCAUAUUUUCAAAAAUUUGUGUAUAAAAAUUUGUAAGACAUUUAUUAAAAUAAUCUUGUGAAA